GCAGUAUGUGGUUUGAUUCCGUUCGAUAAGGACGUGCGCGUUUACAGUGGAACUGGAGUAAAUUAAUAUGACUGUUGAAUCCGCGCCUGAUCCGACAACUGUGCCGAUAUCAAAUCAGUCUUCCAAAAGUUGCCUUGACAAAUUGAAAAUGAAGAACAGUACGUUGGAUAAAAUCUGUAGCUUCCUCGGCGAGCUCAUCGGCACUGGACUGUUGGUCUUUCUCGGCUGUAUGGGUUGCGUAAAGAAUGCUGCCUACGAAAAUAAUCACUACCAAAUGACUUUUAACUUCGGUUUGGUCGUCUUGGUGAUAAUCCAAUGUUUCGGCUGUGUCUCCGGUGCACAUCUGAAUCCGGCCGUAACAUUGGCUGCCUACAUUUACAAUUUGGUUUCCUUGCCAAUGGCUGCUAUCUAUUUUGUCGGACAAAUGUUGGGCGGUUUCAUUGGUUACGGUCUGCUGAAGGCGCUCAUACCCCAGAAUGCCGUCGAAUUGGAGGGGCCACACAAUCUCUGCGUGACCACUGUGCAUGGCGACAUUGACGCCUGGCAGGGCUGUGCUAUUGAGUUUAUCAUUACCGGUGUGCUGAUUUUCACUUGUUGCGGUGUCUGGGAUCCACGUAACGCCAAAUUCCAUGACUCAGUGCCAAUACGUUUCGGUAUGGCCAUCGCUUGUCUUGCCAUCACAGCGGGUCAAUUCACUGGCGCCAGCAUGAAUCCAGCUAGAUCUUUCGCUCCUGCUUUGUGGAACUCAGACUUUCAGGAUCACUGGAUAUACUGGGUUGGUCCACUGGCCGGCUCAGCGGUGUGUGCUAUCGUCUAUAAGGUGAUCUUCAGACGCGAAGUUGCUGAGGAGAAGGUCAACAACAAAUUGCGCGCCAUGGAGGAGGUGCCACUCUCAUAAGCCACACCCUCCCUCACUUAGCGUACGAAAUUUAUCACUCGAAAUACCAAAGAGCGAUUCAAAAGAAGCAAAUCGACAUCCUCGCGGAUGUUGCAGAACAAUACGAACUUCCUGAGUUGGAAAUGUUUUAAUUUUUUGUUUUAGAAUAUUUAUCUACUUAAGAAGUGCAUUUAGUAAGUCUGCAAAGCAGAUGAAUUUUAUAUAUUUUAGUUUUUGUAAAUGCCUACAAAACCAAUUCGAAACAUAUUUGUAAGCUAUGCAUUUGCCACCAGUGGUCGAAAUUUUCAAGAGCUGAGUCGAAAAGGUUCAAGACAAUACGAUUUAUAUAUUAUGCCGUUUGUUAGAAAAAUUGUUGUAAAUAUAUAUGUAUAUAUGGAAA